AGAAUCAACUCGAGACUUUUUCACAGAAUAAAUCAGGUCACGAGACUGAAAGAGGGGCUGCUAACAAUGGGAACAUUUGUUAAACAUUGCCGGUGUGUCUGACUUUUGUCCUCCCCCUCCUCCUCCCUCCUUACCUGUCCGGCAGGUUAACACCUUCGCGCUGGAUGUCCAACCUGCCGCCGGCCGGAUUUUCCUGCUGAGAAGAAGCGAGGAAGAAGAGAAACUAACCUGACUGCUGGGAUGAAGUUGGCAGGUUACAGUUUCGUUUGAAGUUUUAUAACUUUUUUUUUUAAAUCUUAAGUUUGAACAUUUUUAAAUCAAGAGAAGAAGAAGAUGUUUUCCUUCCUGCGGAAAGUCAGAGACCCCCCUCCUGAGAACAUCCACAUCUCCUGUUUGCCACCCAGUAUUCCCACAGACCAGGAGCCGGAACAAACUGGAGGAAUAGCAGGCGAUGUUGUGGAGGAGAAAGCGGUGAUCCAGACCACACACACACACAGAGUCACACCCCCGUCCGUCUUCCUCCAGAAACAGAAUAAUGAACCUGUUUCCAGCACUUACUUUGACCAGAGGGUCCCUGUUCCUGACGACCACGGGGAGAGGGGGAUCAGCCUCCGGAAGCUGUGGGCCUUCACCGGGCCGGGGUUUCUGAUGAGCAUAGCCUACCUGGACCCGGGUAACAUCGAAUCCGACCUGCAGUCUGGAGCUAAAGCUGGCUUCAAGCUCCUGUGGGUGCUGCUGGGAGCCACCAUCAUCGGCCUGCUGCUGCAGCGGCUGGCGGCUCGGCUGGGCGUCGUCACCGGGAUGCACCUCGCUGAAGUCUGCAACCGCCAGUACCACACUGUGCCUCGGAUCAUCCUGUGGUUGAUGGUGGAGCUCGCCAUCAUCGGCUCAGACAUGCAGGAAGUCAUCGGCUGCGCCAUCGCUUUCAGCCUCCUCUCUGCCGGCAGGAUUCCCUUGUGGGGUGGGGUCCUCAUCACCAUCAUCGACACAUUUGUCUUCCUCUUCUUGGAUAAAUACGGUUUGAGGAAGCUGGAAGCUUUCUUCGGCGUCCUCAUCACCGUCAUGGCCGUCACCUUUGGAUAUGAGUAUGUGACGGUGAGCCCGGAUCAAGGCGAGGUCUUAAAGGGGAUGUUCAUUCCGUCCUGCGAGGGCUGCGGACCCGUUCAGAUGGGUCAGGCUGUGGGCAUCGUGGGAGCCGUCAUCAUGCCUCACAACAUUUACCUCCACUCCGCUCUCGUCAAGUCUCGAGAAGUGGAUCGAACAAACAAGAAAGAAGUCAGAGAAGCCAACAAAUACUUCUUCAUCGAGUCCACCGUCGCGCUCUUCCUGUCUUUCCUCAUCAACGUGUUUGUCGUCGCGGUUUUCGCCGAAGCUUUCUACGGACGCACAAACCAAGAGGUGUACACGGUGUGCAAUGAAACAGGAAGUCCUCAUUCCCACCUCUUCCCUCAGGACAAUCAAACUCUCACUGUGGACAUCUAUAAAGGGGGCGUGGUGCUGGGCUGCUUCUUCGGCCCAGCAGCGCUCUACAUCUGGGCCGUGGGGAUCCUUGCAGCUGGUCAGAGCUCCACGAUGACGGGAACGUACUCGGGCCAGUUCGUCAUGGAGGGUUUCUUGAACCUUCGCUGGUCACGCUUUGCUCGGGUAUUGUUGACCCGCUCCCUCGCCAUCGCGCCCACCCUGCUGGUCGCCAUCUUCCAGGACCUGCAGCACCUGACCGGCAUGAACGACUUCCUCAACGUGCUGCAGAGUAUGCAGUUGCCGUUCGCCCUCAUUCCCAUCCUCACCUUCACCAGUUUACCGUCUCUCAUGGAGGAGUUUUCCAAUGGACUAGUGUUUAAGAUCGGAGGAGGCCUCGUGGUGCUCAUGGUGUGCUGCAUCAACAUGUACUUCGUGGUGGUCUAUGUGGCCGCUCUGAACAGUGUGUGGCUGUACGUGCUGGCGGCGUUCCUCUCCAUAGCAUACCUGACAUUUGUGGGAUAUUUGGUGUGGUUGUGCCUCAUAGCUCAGGGAGUUUCCUGGCUGGAUCCGAGCCGGAGGAAAGGCACCGACACGUCCGUCCUGAUCCAGCAGGAGCCGGAGUUUGACUCCUGAAUCAGAGGACGCCUCGAUUCAAAGGUGAAGCUGUGAACAACUGGAUGGAACUGUUUUCUUUUCUUGUUGUCACCUCGAGUGUGAGUCAGGACUUUUUUCAGGUGACAUGGCAGCCUGAAAACGCUGACUGCUUCUGGUGUUCAAUGUAAACUUGAGAUGUGAGCAAAGAAGAAGAAAAGACGACGGCUACUUCAAUGACCACCUGGACAGUAGGACAAAAGAACGCUGACCACAAACUUCAUAAAUCAGUCCACCUAUCCUAACAUUUACAAAUGACACAGCCAGUGUUCACUAUGGUGUGCAGGUUCAAUGUCUAUAUGUGAAGGUGUUAUUUAACAGAUACCUCAGUUUUUACACAAGUUCCUAAAUCUGUUUUUUUAUUCACUCAAACAUAAGUCAGGACUUUUUAAUUUACAGAACUGUGUUCAUCUGUUUAUUACUGACACUGUGACUCACAGUAAUGGCUGCAAGAUACCACACCAGAGUGUCUUCAGAGGAGGGGGGGAGGGGAUUGAACCCUGAUCUUAUCAUGAGGGGAUAACCUGCUCUACCUUCUGAGCAUUACAAAGUGGACCGUACAACCGCAGAUACAUCAUACGAAUGAACAUCCAGUGAUAGCCCAGUGGUUAUGUCGUGCGUCCCAUGUGCAGAGGCUAUAGUCCUCGUCGCAGCAGCUGUGGGUUUCGAAUCCGACCUCAGCCCUUUGCUGCAUGUCACCCCCCCUCUCUACUCCCGGCAUGUCCUGUCUCUCUUCAAUUGUCUUAUCUGAUAAAUGCAAAAAAAAUGGCCCAAAACAACAUCCAGUUAACUUGAGAAAAAAAUAUAUUAAUACAAAAAUUUUAUCUUCCCUAAAUAUGAGUAUGAAUGUCGUCUCACCGUGCAAAACAAACCACUCCUUAUCUACACGAUUUCCUGAAGAUGCUUUAAUACUCCGACGAUAAUGAUAACGUUUACUCAUAUUGCACCUUUUAGAUCAAAAUAACAAACAGAUUUAGGAGAUGAAAUCACAAAAAGAGGUGAUAAUCACUGAGACAAAUUAGCUACGUAUAUGUGAAAAGAUAAAAAAAAGAUCAAAUAAAUCACCAAAUUAAAAAAUCAGUUUUCAUUAAGAUGCAUGAGAUCAUUUUUCUACCAUGGCAUCAAUGUUAUAUAAAUGA